UAAGGGGAUGGGGUCCACGCCGAACACUGUGGGAGGGAGAGAGCAGGGCGCCUGUCUUGACCUCAAUGGCCAUGGCGGACCGUCCUGCUUACGCGCUCCACCAGGCAUUCUCAGCCCCUUCCUCGAUCACUACCGCGCGGAUCCGUCGAAGAGUCUCGGCAGCGAGAGUCCGCUGUUAUAUUAUUGCAGGUGUGGGCGGCAAUCCGAGGUUCUUUUGUUAUUGGGUUUUGUUGGGCUCGUGGCGCGGGGGUUUGUUGCGGUGUUGGAGAGAGAGCGAGAGAUAGAGAGAGAGAGAGAGAGAGAGAGCGAGCGAGUGGUACGAGGUGCACAUGUGGAUGUGCACGCGGAACGCGGCGACGGGAGGAAGAAUCGAGCGAGGGUCGUGUGGGAAAAGACGGAGGGAAUUGAGAGUGGCUGCAGUGCGAUGGGGAAUUUGGCAAGCGGUAGUCGGAGGAAUAAUCGUAUUUCGGCGCAGAGCUCCAUGUAUGCGCCUCCACCUCCGCCUCGGAUGAUCCCUGCACCUUCUGGAUAUCCGGCUGGUCAUGUGCCCCCGCCACCACCAGCAGGCCCUGGAUAUUACGUACCUCAUGUAUCUCACUAUCGGUAUCCUCCUCCUCCUCACAGUAACGGCGCGAUGCCGGGUCCCCAAUAUUACACUCCGAAUUUUAUUCCAACCAAUGGGCAGUACAUGAUGAAUCCACAUUCGCCACAAAUGUAUAGGCCGCAGCAAAGUGGAAUGCCCCCACCACGGCCUCCAGAGCAUCAGAAAGCAAAUACAAUCCGGAAUGAUGUAAAUUUGAAGAAAGCUACGCUGCGGCUGGAGCAAGAUGAAGAAAAUCCGGGUUCCUACCUGGUGGCUUUCUCUUUCGAUGCUACCGUUGAUGGAAGCAUAUGUAUCUUCUUCCUCGCAAAAGAGGGUGAUAACUGCUGCCUAACACCAGUGAAACCCGAUGCCUUCAUGCCGGUGCGAUCAGAAUUUGAGAAAGGGCUAGGUCAAAAGUUCAGGCAGUCCCCAGGGACAGGCUGCAAGUUAUCUAAGUUUGAUGAGAAAGAUUUGAUGAAAGGUGGAGAAGAUAACGUUUUCCCGUUAGUGAUCCGGAUGGAAACAUUGCCCAAAUCUCCCCCCGCUGAUGAGCCACCGCGAGAUUCAUUGCCACUUGGAGCUCCGCUACCAAAGUGGGUCCAUUCUCAGAUCACCCAGGCAAUCAUUGAGAAGAAGGAAGAUGAUGCAUAUCAGGUGCGGGUAGUGAAGCAAAUCAUUUGGAUCGCUGGUGAAAGAUAUGAGCUACAAGAGAUCUAUGGAAUCGAGAACAGUGGAGGGGGUGGUAAUUUUGAUGGCACUGAUUCUGGAAAAGAAUGCGUUGUCUGUAUGUCCGAACCUCGGGAUACAACUGUCCUGCCUUGUCGACACAUGUGUAUGUGCAGUGAAUGCGCCAAGGUGUUAAGGUUUCAAACCAAUCGCUGCCCCAUUUGUCGGACCCCAGUGGAGCGCCUGUUGGAAAUCAAAGUGCCCAAAACCGGCGCUGAGCACGGUGGUGCAAUGGAAUCCAGCAGUUCACAGUCGACUGCGACAUCCGCAAGAGAAUUAGUCGAUGAAGCCCGGAAGGUGGAGCUCAGCAAUCCGAAUUCCACACUUGUACAGGUCUCGGAGGAAACGAGUAAUAGCUGAUGAGCACAAGAACAACAUAGAGCUUUGCCGAAUCAUCCGGGUUUUUGCAAUAAGGAUGGUGUUGAAAACGAUCUGAUUAUGCGAGGGCGGUGGCAACUCAUCCUCCAUCCUGAAAAUCGUGGCAGAUUUCACAAGCAGCAGGAGUUAGUUCUGGUGUGAUACCCUUUUCCGUGAUUGAUUCUUGACAUCAAGCGUCUCCGUAGAAAAGAUAGAGGUCCUGAAGUGAAGCGUGCUUGAUAGUCAUUUUGUUCCCAGUUACAUAUCCUGUAGUAUAUAUAUCUACUCUGUACCCUCAUCAACUUGGUGGUCUGAAGAGACAAAACAAGUAAUUGAGGUGCUCAUGCACACUUGCUGCAAGACUAGGGGUAAGUGUAACGGUUGAGAGUUUAAUUCGUUCUUAGCUGUGCUCUAUUUGACCUUCAUAGUGUAAUUCUACUCUAGUUCUGAAUCUGUGAUUAGACGAGUCCUUGAUCAGAAAACAGUGUUAACGUUUGACAAUUACGGCAUAUGUGGGUUCUAUUGGGCUCACACUUUCGCAUGGUCCUUUUACUGGUAUGCCUUGUACUCUCCUGGAGAAGUCACGUGAAUUCAUAUGACGACUGAUUCCUGUUCUGGCAUA